UAGACCGCCAUCUUGGCAACUUCCCAACUGAUUUCCUUCUUUCAAAUCUGUGUGUAGAAGUAAUGGAGUCGGCGUUUCAAAUCAAUUGAACUAAACAGCUUUGAUUUCUUUCUCUUUCACAUCUUGUAUAAUAAAUACCCAAACACUUAUUUUGAUCCGGUCUCAAAAUCAAUUUUCAAGGAGAAAUUAGGGUUCUUAUUGACAGAGGCUUAACAAUUUGUGAAAUCGGUGAGUUGUAUGCGAAAUUAAUGGUGGAGGUAGAGAUCAAACGCAAUAAACUUACUAAUGGCGGUGGUAAGAACAUGAUAUGGAGGUGGAAAGUUGUCGGAGCUUUGAUAGCAGUUUUACUUGCUACAUCUCUAACUCCAUGGCUGCAUUCUCGGAGAUUCUCUUUUCUUCGUUCUCCCUGCCGUUGUUCUGAGGAUUCUCAUAAAUACACAGGCAUUGUUGAGGACUGUUGUUGUGAUUAUGAGACUGUUGAUAGUGUUAACGAAGCUGUUUUACAUCCCUUGUUGCAAGAGCUUGUUACAACUCCCUUCUUCAGAUAUUUUAAGGUUAAGCUAUGGUGUGAUUGCCCUUUCUGGCCUGAUGAUGGCAUGUGCAGACUCCGUGAUUGCAGUGUAUGUGAAUGUCCUGAAAAUGAAUUCCCUGAACCUUUCAAAAGACCACCAUUACUCUAUGGCCUUGCAAAAGAUGAUCUUAUAUGUCAAGAAGGAAAGCCAGAAGCUGCUGUUGAUCGAACACUAGAUACUAAAGUAUUUAGAGGCUGGCCUGAAGUAGAUAAUCCAUGGACUAAUGAUGAUGAAACUGAUAAUAAUGAAAUGACAUAUGUAAAUCUGCAAUUAAACCCUGAACGUUACACAGGAUACACAGGUCCUUCAGCAAGAAGAAUAUGGGAUGCUAUAUAUUCAGAAAAUUGUCCAAAAUAUUCAUCUGGAGAAAGUUGUCAAGAGAAGAAAGUGUUGUACAAGUUGAUAUCUGGUCUUCAUUCCUCAAUUUCUAUCCACAUAGCUGCUGAUUAUCUUCUUGAUGAAACCACCAAUCAGUGGGGUGCAAAUCUUGAAUUGAUGCAUGAUCGAGUCUUGAAACAUCCAGAACGUGUGCAGAAUCUAUACUUCACUUUCCUCUUUGUUCUAAGAGCUGUGACAAAGGCUGCUCCUUACUUAGAGGAAGCUGAGUAUGACUCUGGUAACCAUUUGGAGGAUCUGAAAGCCCAUUCAUUGAUUAGACAGCUAAUUCACAAUCCCAAAUUACAAGCUGCAUGCCCUCUUCCUUUUGAUGAGGCUAAAUUAUGGCAAGGGCAAAGUGGUCCAGAAUUAAAACAACAGAUACAAAAACAGUUUAGAAACAUCAGUGCUCUUAUGGAUUGUGUAGGGUGUGAAAAAUGUCGUCUAUGGGGAAAGCUUCAAGUUCUUGGUCUUGGAACAGCAUUAAAGAUCCUAUUUUCUGUCGACAGUGAAAAACACCCAAAUCAACAUCUUCAGUUACAAAGAAAUGAAGUGAUUGCAUUGAUGAAUUUACUUAAUCGAUUGUCUGAAUCACUUAAGUCGGUAACUGAUAUGGGCUCUUCAGCUGCCAUGGAUGGGUUAUUGUUGCAAAAUCCCAAUGUAAAACCAAAAACAAGCGGUUUUAUUCAAAGAAUUCAAAGGGCUCAUUGGUGGAAAAACAUGCCAAUGUCGCUACAAAUCUUGAAUUGAAGGGACCCAAAUCAAGUCACUAUCAGAGAUGAGAUAAGUUAAAGUGAAGAUAAGAUUAUAUACAGACAGAUACAAUGUGAAUAGAGCGGAAAAAAAAAAAAACAACCACCAAAUAUAAUAGUAAUGUUUUGGACGUAAAAUGUUUUAGACUUUGUUAAAUAACUUUUAUAUCGUGUUAGAUUGUUUAAAA